UUUCCUCGAUUUUAAACUUUGAUGGAGUUUUAAUUCAAGAUCUACAGUGAGUGAAUUGAUCAAGCAGUCAUUUUUCUCUCUCCUGGAGUGUCUCUCUCUCUCUCCCGACAAAUAAGACGAUUCAUUUGUUUGAUUUGAUUUCAUCGACUGUCCCCUUUACGUGUUUCUCCCCCCCCCUCUCUCUCUCUCUGCAGUGUGGGGAUGGAUAUGAAAAUUUACGAGUUCUUGCCAUAACCGGCGGGACUUACUUUUCUCGGACCAAAUUUUCCCGAGAAAAUUAUACGAAAACCUUGAGAGCCCAGAAAAUCCAGCUCCUUUUGAACUUCCGAGCCCAAGCUCCCCCAAUCCGCUUUCGCACCUCUUAUUUCUGGGAUUUGAUCUGUGCAUGCAAGAGCCGAACAGAUCAAGAGUGGCCGUUGGAUGAGAGAAUCAUCGGACAGAGAUGUCAGAUUCCGACAAAACGGCGGUGGAUCCACUGUUGAAGGAUUUGGGUGAGAAGAAAGAGAAUUUCCGGCGAAACGUGGUGUCUCUGGCGGCGGAGGUGAAGCAAGUGAAGGGCCGUUUGGUUUCUCAAGAGCAAUCCUUUGUUAGAGAAACGCUAUAUAGAAAGGAAGCAGAGGCGAAAACGAAGAACAUGGAAAUGGAGAUCUGCAAACUGCAGAAGAAACUGGAAGAUAGAAACUGUCAGCUUGAAGCUGCAGCAUCUGCCGCUGAAAAGUACCUUAAAGAGUUCGAUGAUCUGAGAUCGCAGCUCGCCAUCACUAAACGAACUGCGGAAACAAGUGCCGCAUCUGCUCAAUCUGCACAGAUUCAGUGCUCAGCGUUUCUCAAACAACUCGACGAGAAAUUGCUGUCUAUUAGUGAACACGAAAAUCGCGUGACCCAGCUCGGGCAUCAGCUCGAUAAUCUGAAGAGAGAUCUGAAAGCUAGAGAAUGCUACCAUAAACAGCUGAGUGAAGAGGUUGUGAGAAUAGAGAGGGAGUUAACACGGGCUGUUGCAAAGGGCGGGAUGGGCAAAGCCUGCGAGCUCCGGAAGCUUCUGGAAGAGGUGUCGCCGAAGAACUUUGAGAGGAUCGACAAGAUUUUGGCAGUGAAAGAUGAAGAGAUGGCGAAACUGAAAGAUGAGAUAAGGUUGAUAUCUGCUCAUUGGAAGAUCAAGACCAAGGAACUUGAAGCACAGUUGGAGAAACAGAGAAGAGGGGGUCAGGAGUUGAAGAAGAAGGUGCUGAAACUGGAGUUUUGUCUGCAGGAAGCUCGAAGUCAGACAAGGAAACUGCAGAGAAUGAUCACUGCCAUGUUUCUAGGCCUUUCUCUUCGUCCAAAUCUGCAAAUAAAGAAGAAUAAAAACAUAAUGUCUUCUUGCAUCAUCAAAGGAGAAACUGCUUCGCUUUCUUGGCUGUUCGCUGACAGUAUUGUUGUAAUACGAUGGAAUGGAGCACAGAUGGGGGAGCGAAGGGACAAAGCGAUCGAAGAACUGAGGGAACAGCUGUCGGAGAAACGACGCGACGAAUCGGAGCAGUUGUCGGAGAGACCCAACUUCUGGGAAGCCUCGGGGUUCAAGGUCGUUGUUUCCAUGUCCAUGUUGAUACUUGUCAUCCUCUCCAAAAGAUGGAUUUUCUUCUUUUGUAAAUGUAGUUGCAGAUCAGAGUUUUUUCUCUUUAGGGCGUAAAGGAUAAAACUGACUUCGAAUUUAAAUAAAAGCGAUAUAAAAAUUGUUGGAUGUAA